GUCGACAUGAAAAUAUGACGCAUUUGACUUAUGACAAGAUCUUGAUAAACUCUUGAAUUCAUGGCUACAGUAAAAGCUGGAUUUCUUGAGAAAUUAAGUGGUGUGUUAAAACGUGAAUGGAAGAAACGAUAUUUUGUUUUGUAUCAAGAUGGACACCUUGUGUAUUACGAUAAACCAGGCAGCGAACACUGUAAUGGUACAAUAAACAUCAUAAAGAACUGUCAAAGAAUAGAUUAUGGAAACGAAGUUGAGUAUGACUUGCAGCAAAAGUCUCCUGGUAGAGUCCAAUGUAUGUUUUACAUUCGUUCAUCAGUAAAAAAUUUCUGUCUUCGUGCAGAAAACGAACAAGAUGCCAGAGAUUGGGUGCAAAAAUUAAAUAAAAUGUGCCAAAUGACGGUAACAUAUGUUACAACAAUGAACACAUACCCAAGCAGCCAAUCCUAUGGUGUGCCACCAUAUUCAGCUCCUACAUAUUCCCCACCCAUAGCAACACCAUUUGGUGCUCAUCCUGGUGGCAUGCCUCAACCAUAUUAUGUUGUAUAUCCCAGCCAAACAAAUUCAUAUAGUCAGCCAAUGGGACCUCAACCACCACCAAUGUAUUAUGGUCAGUAUCCAGCUUAUCAAAUUUACCCUCAACAUGGUUAUCUGGUGCAACAACAAGCAUAUCAGAGAGGCAACCAAAGGCGUGGGGGCUUAUCAUCAAGAAGGGGGCUACUAGCUGGUGCUACAGGUGGUCUUUUUGGAUUUGGAUUGGGUCGAGCAUUUGGUGGAUUUGGAGGUGGUGAUGGAGGUGGGGGUGGUGAUGGAGGUGGAGGUGGAUGUUAA